AUGGGAAUAGGUAUUUCACUUAUACUCGAUUUAAACAGUAAAGACUUACAACAAUAUAGUUCUGGUAUACGUUUCAUAAUUUUUAUUUUUCAAACUAUCAAUUUACGAUUUUGUGGUUUUCAAUCGUUUGAUAUUAGUUUAUUUGCAACAGCAACACUUCUUGUCUAUUUAUUAUUGAUGGCUACUAAACCACAAAUGUUGUGUGCACUUGAUGAAUCACCAUUUGAAAUCUAUUGGUUGACUCUAGAGGCUCAAGCAGAAGUCGAUGCUGAAACAAAUAAUAACAAAAGAAAUACGUCAAAGUCACUUCCACUGAUGUUACAACGUGCAUUCUCGAUGACACCAACCACAACCACAGACACCUCGCUGUUCAAACAAAUGAAAGGUUUUCUACGUCGACAAAGUCUUGUCACUAAAGAACUCGCAAAAAAAGAACUUUCCAAAAGUAUUGAUAAUGAAAAAACCAAUCCAAAACGUUCAAAACGUAUCAAAGCUUUACGUUUACGUUUGUUUCUUAUUCAUUUUAUCAGAGCACUAUUUAAACAUACAUUUGAUUUUUUUAUAUUGACACGAACUUGGUUAUUUGUCUUUAUAUUUCUUAUUUGUGCUAUUGAAUAUCGUCGAAUGUCACCAGCCGAUCCAGAUAUUACACUUUUGAAGAUUAUUUUUGAGAUUAUUUCUGCUUUUGGUGGAGUUGGUAUGUCUCUUGGUUAUCCCAACAAGACAACAAGCUUUGCUUCUAUACUUUCUGCUGGAAGUAAAGUGAUACUUAUUGCAACUAUGUUGAUGGGUCGACAUCGUGGUUUACUAGCAUCAAUGAAAGAUCAAGAAGUGAUAGAAUAUAGUGCUAUAAAUAUAUUAGUUCGUCGACGUGAAGAAUACAUCCUUCGAUUUCAAACUUCUAGGAUGCACGAAACAAUAGUCAAAGAAAAAAACGAUGAUUCAACAGUCGUACAUUUCUAG